CGGAAUGGGGAGUCCUUAUUUUCACCGGAGAAAUGUUGGAGGGUAUGUAUAUACAGAGCAUGUAUGAGAAGGCAGAGAAAGAAUUGAGACUGGGAUGUGGUCUAAGGGCAUAGAUCACAGGUAUCCUACAGGCCAUGUAGAAUGAUAAUAGGCCCUUUUGUGCAUGCAGAGCUACACACAUAGGUCUCCUCCAUGUGAGGGAAAAUCCUCACAUGAAAGAGCCCUGUGGGUGUUCACCUGUGCACAGAUAUUAGGGCCCAGUUAGGACAGUGGAGGGAAGCAGAGCUAGCAAUGCAGCACCCUGGAUGGAGGGAGUUAGGUCUACCCCCCUACAGUCAAGCAGAGGCUGGGACUUGAGUUCCCUUGGUGGAAACAGAUCCAGCACUGGUCCACAUUGGCUUCUUGACUUGGCACUUUCCCUAUACAGAAGCAAUGACAUUUGCAUGCAAAGUAAUUCUGCUGUUUAUUGGGAUCCCUGGGCUGUGGCAUCCCAAUGCCCUGAUGCAAGGACUUUCUUGAAGGUGCAUUGAUGAUGUCCCAAUGGGACUUGUGCAUUCCAUCAGCAGGUAUCCCUCUUGGUGCAAUCGGUUGCAGUAGGGAGAACAUAGGUUUAGGGGAUUACGUUGCAUCAAAGAGAGGAGAUGUUGGCAACCCUAGAAAGUAGCUGUCAGCAUAUCCACAGCUGUUUAAAAGGCACCAAAUCGGAUUAUACUGUUAGCAGCAACAUCUCUCUGCUCCCCAGUCGUCCUCUAAUGUUCCCUGGAGUGACAAGCAGCUCAAGUUUUGCAUAGCCUUCUGCAUUCUCCUCUGAAUGCUUACUCUGAAAUACAGCAGUGCACAGGCAUGCAGUACAUUUGCUGCCCUUUUAAUAUUUAGCUGGUGACCUAAACAGGCAACUGUUGUUCCCAAAACAAGGCAGCUCUGAAAGAUCAGUAGCAAGAAAACAAUAUUGUGAGGAUAUUGCGGAGGUUUGGAGUACUGUGGAAGGGUCGAUGUGCUUCACCCUAGAGCUGACUGCAUUUCAGUUGCAGAGGGGGAAAAAACCCUAUAAAAAUACAUAAUAAGAACAAGAACAAACCAAGCCAUAGCAAAACUUAUUCAUGGAUAAACUGUUGAAAGUGGGCAGGCCUCAGUAAAUGAAAAUACAGCUAUGUAUUUUCCCCAUGACUCUAAAAUUACUAUUACAUACUUCUUUAAGAAUCUACAAAAGAGAAAAGGGGGGGGGGAGGAUUUGAUCAUUAGCAGGCAAGUGAUGAAUCCAGCAUGUUCCUCCAAUACCCAGAAUUCCCUUUGGCUCCAGUGACAGCUCUGAUAGGGCAAGGAAAGUGGUAUAAGUUCUCACAUCUGCCUACUGACCUCUGUGCCUUUAGGGUUUCACCCUUCUGCCUCCUGUUGGCAUUUCUUCUUUCACUGGAGGAGAGAGCACUGAUUUGCGCCAUAUGGAUAUGGGAAUGUAAGAUGAAUAGCAGCUGGCCCUGCGCUAGAAAGCAUUCUCGUCAUCUGCCGACUCUCAUGUCAUUCCUCCCCCACCCCAGAACCUGAUUCAAGGACCCUGCAUUCUGAUGAAAUCACAGAGAUUAAUAUUGCCCUUAUCACUGCUUGAAAUGCUAGCUCCUGAGCUGACAAGGACAAUUCGAAACAGCGUUGGCUGAUGAUUCUCCAGAUGUGGUUGGCUUCCAAGUACCCUCAGUUCCUGCCAGCAUGGCCAAUGGUCAGGGAUGCUGUGGGAGCUGUAGUCUAGCAACAUAUGGAGGGCCACAAAUCAGCCUGUUUUUCUACCUAUUUCCCUGUCCAUUCCAUUCAGCUUCGUUCCACUUCCUGUAUGUUUGGCAUGCACACUUUCCUUCUAAAAUGCUCCUUUUUCCUGGCCCUCUGCAUAGCAACCUGGAUAGAGUGCUGUUUUCUGCACUUUGGUCAUAGUCCAGCACAGAGUUAGGUAAGAUUUCAGUCCAUUUGCAUGAAUGGGCAUAAGCAUGGAAGUCUAAAAGAGAGACGUGCAAACCAAAUACCCUGGGACACAUCGUAGGCCCUUGCCAGGAAAUAUUAGGGAGGCCACGUGUCCUAUGGAGGACAGCCCUCUGUUGAAGGCGUCCAAGUCAAGUUUAAAGAUAAAGAACCCAUCAGAAGGAAGAGCAGGAAGAGCCUUGAAGUUGCCUGACAACAGGGAACGCCUGGGCAGCAGGCUGAGCAGGCAAACAUGCCACCUUCCCCACUGUAGUAAAAGGCUUUCGCUCUGUUGGUACAUGCUGGUGGGAGACCUAUAAAGAGAUUAUCCCGGGAUGGUGGAUCACUUGCUUCCUGCGGAUGAGUCCUUCUCAUCUGCAAGGCCUCUUCUCGGAUACUUUGGGGACAUGACAGCAAUUGGCAGGUCGUACCACAUGCUGCCGUCCCCCUUGUCGGAAGAUGACAGCGACUCUUCGAGUUUUUGCUCUUGUUCCAGUCCCGAUUCCCAGGUCCUGAGCUCAAGCUGCGGGAGCUCGUCAAGUGCCGAGAGUCAGGACAGCAUCUUGGACUACUUGUUGUCUCAGGCAUCCUUGGGGAAUGGCCAUGCCUCUUGGUGGGACAAAAGGAGACUUCAGCCUCUUGUGAAGGAGGAGCAUUAUAGGAUGCCCGAAUUCACAGUGGAGAUGGAGGAUUCGGGACCAUUUCAGCCCACCCUGGAGGAAAUCGAGGAGUUUCUGGAAGAGAACAUGGAGACAGAGCUCAAGGAAGGACCCAAAAGCGAGACCAAAGACAUGAGAGCUUGUGGCCAGAUAACUGUGGCUUCCAUGCAGCCCAAAGAUCACAUGGUACCCAGUAUUAGUUUAAAAGAUAGCAAAAGCGAACAGUCAAGUGGCGCGAUGGAUGCAUCAAAUGGAGCCAUGUCCCUCGAUGGGGGGAUCCCAGUCAUGCUCCAAAUCCAACCAGUGCAAGUUAAGCAAGCAUCAAACGCGAGCCCUAGUUCACAGGGACCUGCGCAAGAGAACAUUAAAAUUGCACAGCUCCUGGUCAACAUCCAAGGGCAAACGUUUGCACUUGUGCCACAGCUUGUUCCGUCGUCCAACUUGAACUCCUCCUCCAAAUUUGUCCGCAUAGCCCCAGUUCCGAUCGCUGCAAAACCAAUUGGGCCUGGAGGUACGAUCCAGGGGCAAACUGGGGUCAUCAUGGGUCAAAAGUUUCAAAAGAACCCUGCGGCAGAACUCAUUAAAAUGCACAAAUGUACUUUCCCCGGAUGUACCAAGAUGUACACCAAAAGCAGCCACUUGAAAGCCCACCUGAGGAGGCACACAGGGGAGAAACCCUUUGCGUGUACGUGGCCCGGUUGCGGAUGGAGGUUUUCACGAUCAGAUGAACUAUCCCGGCACAGGCGCUCGCAUUCUGGAGUGAAGCCGUACCAGUGCCCUGUGUGUGAGAAGAAGUUUGCUCGGAGCGACCAUUUGUCCAAGCACGUCAAAGUCCACCGGUUUCCUAGAAGCAGCCGCUCGAUGCGCUCAGUGAACUGAGGGGUGUGUGUGUGUCUCACUUGCUCCUUUCCACCCCUUCACCCAUGAACAGGAACUGACAGAACUUUGUUCGGUAUCCUCCUCACGAUAAUUUAUUUGUCUCCCUGUAACAGCUGAUGCCAUGACUUCACACACAUCUAUUUUUUAAAAAAGAAAAAGAAAAAACAAACCA